UAACUUCAGAGACAGAGCUUCUGAAAGUAAAACUUCGGCCUUUUUUAGCCAGUGUGAAACCACACAGACCUUCACAAGAGUUGCAUUAUGACGGGCUCAACAGUUUACUUGAGCUAAAAGCAACAAGUUCACACCUCAGCUGUUAUUACUCGGAAACACACACACAUUAUUAGUGUUAUAAAAAGCAACUUCAACCUCCUUGUCUGUUUGUUUGAAGAAGCGCUGUGAUCUGACUGAAAGCAAAUUACUGUCUGAUCUUCUGAAAACAGACAACAGUAUUCUCAGCAUCAGGGAUUUGACUGAAUCAAGAUGCUGCUGAUCAUUGAAGCUCUUCUCAUUUUAGCUGCGCUGGGACAGGAUCACAGAGCUGCGGUUGCAGGACUAAACUUGGAUAUGGCAGUGAAUUCAGUUGAUGACUAUUAUUACGGCUGCAGAGUGAAAAUGGCAGAAAAGGUGGAGAAAGAAUAUCUAGUGAAGGAUCGUGGUAACCCUAAAUUUAAUAAUGCUUGGGAAGAAGGUGAAAGGAAGGCAGUCAAUGCAGGUGAUGCUUUGAAACGUACUAACUCAAUUGCCAUUUACGUGUACACUAACACAGUACAAUAUAAAAUAUAUACUCAAUUUAAUAAUGACACUCGACAUGGAAAACAAAAUUACACAGCUGGGACAUACAAAUGGUAUUCACUUCAGUUUCUAUUAACAGAAGCGAUAGAGACUCUGAGGGAACAACAAAAUACAUGCUUUAAAACCUUUCGUGGUACGAAGCUUGCAAUUACUGGGUUUACUUUUCCAAUCGUUCGUUUCGGCUCAUUUACAUCCUCCUCUCUUGAUCGUAACGUAGCAAAGCGUUUUGGAAGUAAAUUUUGUUUUGAAAUCUACACUUGUUUAGGUGCUAAUGUGGAAAAAUAUUCUAGGCUUCCUUAUGAGAAAGAAGUGCUGAUUCCUCCUUAUGAAAAGUUUAGAAUCACUGGAAUCAAGACGAGACAAACUCAGAAAGAUCUCUGGUGUGAGACUGUAAUCACUUUGAAACACGAUGGAGCAAGAAGUGAGCUGAACUGUGCUCUAUUCAAGAAAAAAACAAGACCAGAGCAAACUAUUAUGGUGUAGUUUUACAAACUAUUAAAGUACUUUGAGUUUCUGGUGACACUGUAUUACUUUGAAAAGCUCUGGAAAAAUAAGUGACCUGAAUUGUACCGUGGCAUCCAACAGUGGAAAACAAGUUGCUUUCUUGAAGACUGUUCUAAUUGUUACAUUAUUUUGUUAUGUGCUAACAUGUAGAUUUUGCAUGUUUCUUGUUGUUAUUGUGUGUUUUAUUGAAUUACAGCAUUUGUCUAAUUGUACGAUUAGUUGGUUCACAAGGUAAACAUCAGAAAAUGCUUUUUGUUUUUAUUCAACUUCUGUCAAGCAAAUAAAUCUUUCAAAGCA